AUGAUUCCAAACAACAUUCCCCCUGUCACAGGAAAGGAGCUCGAAUAUAUUGCGCAAGUUGUGAGCGGAGGCGCACUUGGUGAGGGUGGUCCUUUUAGCAAGCGAUGCCAACACUGGCUUGAAGAACGCCUCCAUGGCUCUAAAGUGUUCUUGACUCCAUCCUGCACAGCAGCUCUCGAGCUUGCAGCGCUAUCGCUUGACCUAGAUCCUGGAGACGAGGUCAUUGUGCCCAGUUACACCUUCAUGUCUACUGCAAAUGCCUUUCUCCUCCGCGGUGCCUCCCUGGUUUACGUGGAUAUUAAUCCAGGCACAAUGAAUAUAGACCCUGUCAAGGUCCGAGAAGCUAUUACAUUGAAAACCCGUGCAAUUGUUCCGGUUCACUAUGCUGGCGUCCCAUGUGACAUGGAUGCCAUAUUUGAAGCCAUCGGCUCUCGCAAAGAUAUCUACAUCGUGGAAGAUGCAGCGCAAGGCCUGUUCUCUUUUGACAGAAAUGGGAAGGCCCUUGGUAGUAUAGGGAACCUUGGAUGCCUGAGCUUUGGUGGUGCCAAGAACUUAACAUCCGGCGGCGCUGGUGGAGCCAUUAUUGUCAAUGACAAGAAGCUCAUCGAUCGCGUUGAAACAAUUCGAGACAAGGGAACCAAUCGACCUCAAUUCCUCAGAGGCGAGGUGGGUCACUACACCUGGCAGCGUGCCGGCGUCAGUCAUGUCCUCACUGAAAUACAAUCAGCCUACCUAUGGGCGCAAUUAGAGUGCGCGGACGAAAUCCAGUCCCACAGGCUACGUAUAUGGGAACUAUACCGUCAGGCCCUGGUUCCGCUUGUUGGAGAACGACUUGAGUUGCCACCCAUUUGCUUGCAAGGCCAACAUAAUGCCCAUAUUUUCUUUGUCAAACUUAAAAACAAAGAAGAGUCGGUUCAAUUCACCUCUGCCAUGCAAGACAAAGGGAUUUCAGUUUCGGCUCACUACAGCCCCUUGCAUCGGAGUGUCCCUGGUUCUCAUGGUCGGCAUGUGCUACAUCCCCAGGAUUACACGUCGACAGAAAGCGAGCGGCUUAUUCGUCUUCCCCUUUUCUACGCUAUGACCAAAGCGCAGGCUGAUUAUGUUAUUGAACAAGUCAAGCACUAUUUUGCCUAG